AGAGCGGCUUCUAGAGAGCCAAAGGCCGGAGAAGCGGAAGGGUUUGGUCCUUGUGUGAAGGAAGGAGGCCCCGCUGGGGGGCGAGGCUGAGGCGAUGGAUGUCACCCAGCCCAAACAGGAGCACCUCCUGGCCUUGAAAGUAAUGAGGUUGACCAAGCCUACUUUGUUCACCAAUAUCCCUGUGACCUGUGAAGAGAGAGAUUUGCCAGGAGACCUGUUGAACCAGUUAAUGAAAGAUGAUCCUUCCACAGUAAAAGGAGCAGAAACAUUAAUGCUUGGAGAAAUGUUGACUUUGCCUCAGAAUUUUGGAAAUAUAUUUUUAGGAGAGACAUUUUCCAGCUACAUUAGUGUGCACAAUGACAGCCACCAAGUGGUAAAAGACAUUUUGGUAAAGGCUGAUCUACAGACGAGUUCACAACGUUUAAAUCUUUCGGCCUCUAGUGCUGCAGUGGCAGAACUCAAACAGGACUGUUGCAUCGAUGAUGUAAUUCACCAUGAAGUAAAGGAAAUAGGCACACAUAUCUUAGUGUGUGCAGUAAGUUAUACCACUCAAGCUCGUGAGAAGAUGUACUUCAGAAAGUUCUUCAAAUUCCAGGUCCUCAAACCACUAGAUGUAAAAACUAAAUUCUACAAUGCAGAGAGUGACCUCAGUUCUGUGACUGAUGAAGUCUUUUUGGAAGCUCAGAUUCAAAAUAUCACAACCUCUCCAAUGUUUAUGGAGAAGGUGUCUUUGGAACCUUCUAUUAUGUAUAAUGUACUUGAAUUAAACACAGUGAGCCAAAGUGGGGACAGUGUCUCAACAUUUGGCACAAGAACAUAUUUACAACCCAUGGACACACGGCAGUAUUUAUAUUGUCUCAAACCUAAGCAAGAGUUUGCAGAGAAAGCUGGAGUUAUUAAAGGAGUAACUGUUAUUGGGAAGCUUGACAUAGUAUGGAAGACAAAUUUGGGAGAAAGGGGAAGGUUACAGACGAGUCAGCUGCAAAGAAUGGCUCCCGGUUAUGGUGAUGUGAGGCUUUCAUUGGAGACCAUACCAGAUACAGUAAACCUGGAAGAACCUUUUGAUAUUACAUGUAAAAUAACAAACUGCAGCAGUGAAAGGACCAUGGACCUGGUUUUGGAAAUGUGCAACACUAGUUCCAUUCACUGGUGUGGUGUGUCUGGCAGGCAGCUGGGCAAACUGCACCCCACAUCAUCCCUCCACUUGACACUUACACUGCUGUCCUCAGUACAGGGACUACAGAGUGUCUCUGGUUUGAGAUUGACAGACACCUUUUUGAAGAGAACAUAUGAGUACGAUGAUAUUGCACAAGUCUGUGUGGUUUCUUCAAAAAUAAAAGAAAACUGAGAAAAACUCUUUAAUAUUUCCUGCCACGAUUUUUGGACCAACUGUUUGAUAACAGUGUAAUGAAUAUGCCCAGUUGUCUCCAUCUAUCAGGGAGGGGGAAGGGAUGCUUCUUUAUUUAACUGAAGCUCUUGAAUUCAAUCUGUCAUCUUUCAGAAUGUUCUAAAACAAUUACAAAGAGUCUAACACAUGUAUUUUAAUCUAUUUGGAAAUAAAGUCUUUAGUCCAAUUAGACAGCUA